CGGUCAAAUAGAUAGGGCACUACAUAAUCUCAAACAAGUUUCACUUCUCCACAAAACAAAUCGAAUAUCUAAAUAAUCAUGUGUGUGAUUAUAGUCCAAUUUUUUCGUACGGUCACUAACAAGUAUUGCAUUUAAGAACAUAUUAUGAGAACUACAUACUUCCUCCGUCCCUAAAUGUUCUUCCAAAUUAAAGUGGCACGGUGAUUAAGAAAGUGAGAAUUGUGUGGUGGAGAGUUGUGCAGAGGAGAGAGAAAUGUUGUGAACCACAAAUUCUUUGCCAAAAAGGGAAAGUGAAGUUCUUUUUUGGACGGACGAAAAGGAAAAGUUGAAUCCCAUGUGUUCCUUGAGAUUAUCUGCAGAUAAAUCAGCUGUGUCACUUGGAGAAAAAUCAUUGACAUUACUGAAUCCCAUGUGUUCCUUAUUAGAAAAUAGCUUCAUUGUUUUAGGCCCUUCCUCCCUCAGGACCUUUGAGAACAAUAGAGUGAAGUUUAACAACUUGAUUAAAUGUUAUGUAAAUCAGAAGCUGCUCAUCAGCAUCACUCACAAGAUUCACACCCUCAUCUUCUCUGUUCAGGUUAAGGCAUUCAACUCCAGACCAGUCGAUGUAGUCCAGCAAAUCAACUUGGCCUUUCGGAAUAGCAGAGGCGGACUCGGCUGACAUUUUUAAUGAAUGGAAAAGCAAGGCGCAAGAGAGAAAGGCACAUGAAAAAGAGCAAAUGUUCAAAAUAACUUCCGUGUUAUUCCAUAGGAGUAAAAAGAUAUAUCCUUAAUGAAAUGUUUAAUCUAUUUAUUUAAAACGAAAAAAUAGGAUAAUACGUAGGAAUGUUUUGUACGCAACUUAACAAUUGAUUAACAAUUCUCUUGCGCAGACUACCACUACCAAAGUUGCUGACGACACCACCCACAGUCGGCACCGUUCGCCGCCGCCAGAAGUUGCAAACUCGAGUCACACAAAAGGGCAAACAACAAUUAGUGCAACGCCUGGUGACAUGACAUUGUAUGUCCAAAGAUCAAGCAACUUGGGAGGAUCACUUUGUAGGAGAUCGAAAUACACAAAGAAAAAGGCAGUAGAAGGGAAAUCACAA